UUUUUAGUUGGUAUAGUCCAUGGGAGAUUUUCUCCCAGUGUGGUUUAUUCUUAAUUAUUAUUUCUACAGAAAACCUAUUCAUUUUUAUAUAUCAAUUGUGUAACUAGUCACUCUAACAAAUUUUUUAAAAAUUAAUUUGCUUAUUAAGAUAUGGUUUGCAUGCUACAAAAGUUAUGCAAUUAAUUCAAUAACUUUUGUAUUCACAAAGUUGUGCAAUGGUCACCACUGUCUAAUUCCAGAACAUUCUCAUAGCUGUCACUGCGUACUCCAACCCCUGGCAACACUAAUCUACUUUCUGUCUCUGUGUCUGCUCUGGACAUAAUGGAAUAAUAAAAACAUGUAACCUUCUGUGUCUGGCUUUUUUCACUGAGCAUAAUGUUUUUGAGGUUCACCCAUGUUGUGACAUAAAUCAGUACUUCAUUCCUUUUUUAUGACUGGAUAAUAGUCUGUUGCACUAUUUGCUUAUCCACUCAUCUGUUGAGGGAACUCGGAUUGUUCUCUCACUUUUUUGCUAUUAGGAAUGAUGCUGCUAUGAAGAUUUGUGCCCAGGUUUUUGUGUGAACAUGUUUUCAUUUGUCUUGAGUGGAUACCUAGGGGUGAAAUUGUUGGGUCUCAUAGUAACGUUGAGUUUGGCUUUCUGAAAAACUGCCAAGCUGAUUUCCAAAGUGGCUGCACCAUUUUACAUUCCCACCAGCAGUGUAUGAAGGUAUCAAUUUCUUCACAUUUUUGCCAACACUUUAAAAAUUAUAUAUUUAUUUGGCUGCACUUGGUCUUAGUUACAGCAGGCAUGUUCUAGUUCCCUGAUGGGGCAUCAAACCCAGUCCCCCUGCACUGGGAAUGCAGAGUCUUAGCCACUGGACCAUCAGGGAAGUCCCUUGCCAAAACUUUGUAUUAUCUGUCUUUUUGACUACAGUCAAUGUGAAAUGGCAUCUCAUUGUGGGUUUUGAUUCUCAAUUCUCUAAUGACUAAUAAUGUUGACAAUCUUUCCAUGUACCUUUUUGCUGUUUGUAGAAGUGUAUACUCAGAUCCUUUGCCAGCUUUUAAUUGGGUUAUUUGUCAUUUUAUUAUUGAGUUUAGGAGUUCUUUAUAUGUUCUAGAUACAAGUCCCUAACUAGAUACUUAAUUUACAGUAUGUAUUUGUGUCCCAAGCUAAGCCAAUUAGAAUUGACCUUUCCUACUGAAACUGUGGGGAGAGACAUUCUUUUUUUUCCCCUCGAUACUCACCAAUUAAAUUAAUUUAUUAAUUAAUUUUGCUAUGCCUUGGCUUAUAGGAUCUUAGUUCCCUGACCAGGGAUAGAAUCUGGGCCCUUGACAGUGAAAGCAUGAAGUCCUAACCACUGGCCCUCCAAGGAAUUCCCUCUCACCAACUUUAAAUAGGAAUUAAACAAGAGUUUCUUGUAGUCAUCUUUUUCUAGAUGAAAGGAAAAACCCACUGACAGUUGAAGAGAAUGAAGCCAACAUGAAGAGAGUAGAGCUUCAGGUGUCACGAGCCUGGAUCAGCCUUGGUCAUCUACUCUGUGUUCGGUGUUAUACAUCACUGGAGCUGGCAGACUUGGUCCUUGCACGUGAGGGUUUCACAGUCUUGCUAAAAUAGUCCUCUUCCAUCUCUGAGGACUGUUCUGGUGAAAUGGAGUCUCCUCCUUGCUACAGUGCAGAACAGACCCAACAGAGCUAGAGUUCUGCUUCUGGCUAAAGAUCACAUGCUUCAUGGAACAACUCAGGACUCUUGUGAUGUAGGGCCAGACUUCAGGAUGGAGGAGAUCAUGAAAGACUUCUUAGCAAAGAGGGAUAAGGGACAACUUCUCAUACAGAGAAACAGAAGACUAAAAGAGAAUCUUUUGAGACCGAUGCAGCUUUCUGUAUCUGAAGACGGAUACAUUCACUAUGGCGACAAAGUGAUGCUUGUGAGUCCCGACCAUCCUGAGACAGAGGCUGAUCUGUUUCUGCGCGGGGACCUCAGCCUGUGUAUGACUCCAGAUGAGAUUAAAGCCCAUCUGAGCAAUGAAUUAGAGGUGCCCUGUGGCCUGAGUGCAGCUCAAACCAAGAUCCCAGUUGGCAGAAACACUUUUACUAUUUUGUGUGCAGCUGGAGAGGUCAUCGGUCAAGUCCUUAGAUACGGGCAGAACUUCCGCCUCGGGAUAACAGGAGGAUUUGAUGACAGAAUGUUAUAUUUAUCAAGUGACCACAGGACCCUUCUGAAGUCAUCCAAGAGGUCCUGGCUCCAGGAGGUGUUCCUGACGCAUGAGGAUUCCUACCUGAACUGCUGGCAGGCUGCCUUCCCUCAUCCCCAGCUUCGCCUGGAGUACGAGGGCUCCCCCGUCCCGGCAAACACAAAGAUUCUUAUCACUCACUGCCACACGAAUCGUGGGCUGGCGGCCCACCGGCAUCUUUUCCUAAGAACCUAUUUUGGAAAGGAAGCGGAGGUCGCUGCUCACACCUAUCUGGAUUCACACAGAGUUGAAAAGCCAAAGAACCACUGGAUGUUGGUGACUGGGGCUCCCAGGAAGGACUUGUCCACCAUGUUGGACCUGCCCAAGCCUCCAGCAGAGGACACCCGAGCCCUGGAGCAAGUGAGAGAGCAGGUUUCGGACCCAGGGGCCGGAAACACACCUGACACGCCUGGCUGCGUGCCUCAGUGCGCACUUCCAAUGUAGCUAUAUGGGAAAUCAACCUUGUAUGCCUCAGGCUAUUCUUAAGAAAGGCGUAGAGCUCUCCGAACAUUGUAUUAAACAAAGGCUCUAUUCAGACUAUUGAAUUAACAGUGGAGGUCUAGGACACAGGAAAAAAAUUGCCGUGGGCAAUAGCUCAGAAAUUGCAUUUGAAGGCUACCGGAUGACAUUCCUUUGUUGAUGAGCAAAUUCUGAAGACUCAGCUUCCUAUAUUUAGAUCCUCUGUAGCAGCAGCUUCUACGAGGGCUGUGUUACUUUUUAAAGCGAUGUCUUUGCAAUAAAGUUAUCAGAACUUUA